GCCCGACACUGAUUUAUUAAAUACAACAAGGAAGUUUAUCACAAAAUCUACUGAACUGUGUCUUGACAUUUCCAUUUCUAUGGAGAUUUUUAUAUCACAGGACUUUUAUUUGUUAUGUGGUUAUGUGGUAAAAGUACUAUUAGUAUUUUCUUCCUUCUGCUAGGUAAUAGUGUUUUACUGGUUUGGUCAUAGUCUGUUACUUCCCAACUAUUUCAUAACCUUCAUGUGCCCUUUAUUCUCCAUGAAUAUUAAGAGCCCAUGUUUCUGGAUGCAGUGAUAAGGUUCACAGUUAAUUUUUUCCCACUCUAAAUAAAUCCUUCCACUCUCCUCUCUGUAGGAAUGUUGAUAAGACCUCUAGUAUUAUUUUGAUUUGAGGAUCUCUUUUUGUGGUUUGGCAUCAUUUGUAACAGAGUUGGAUUAAUGUUGGUUUUAUAUUUUUGACUCCUCAAUGUGGAAUUUCAACAAGAGUUCCGGUCUUUGUUUCUGAGACAGAAGCUCAUAGAAGAGUGACAGAAAUGACUGCUUCUCCAGUAAAUGUGCCCCAGGAUCUGUUGACAUUCAGGAAUGUGACUGUGGACCAAUCCCAGGAGGAGUGGGACUGUCUGGAUUCUGUUCAUAGAGUUGUGUACGUGGAUGCGAUAUUGGAGAAUUACAGCAACUUAGUUUUUGUAGGCCUCCAUUAUCCCAAAUGGCCCAGCUUGAUUUUAAUCCUGGCACUAGAGAUGCUCAAGCAGGAGGAUCUGGUGAGUUUCAGGAGAGCCUGGUUUACAUAGUAUGUUCCUAGCUAAGGAAGGCUACAUAACACACUGUUUCAAAAUAUAAAUAAACAUUAAGAAAAUAGAGAAAAAUC